AUGGGUACUACUAGCGCAAACUGCGAUGAAUUACAGCCUCCCCAGCUCAAGCGCGCUCGGAAAGGCACGGCUGGUACCCGCGUCACUCCUUUCCAUAAGAAGCACUUAAUAGAGUUCGGGCUGUCAGUCUCGGCAAGGGAUGCAGAAACCGCAGAUGUUGUGGCCGUGCGUUGUCGAUUUUGCACUGUAUUUGGACGUGAAGUGAGCUCGAAACAGACAUCAAGCAGCUGGACCUUUGAAGGCCCUCCAUUUCGUCCUGAGAAUUACCGGCAGCAUCAUAUCAAAAAUCAUCCGACUAAGUGGCAAGAGUACUGCUCGCUGCCAAAGGCAGAAAUGGAGACGGUUUUCGACGUUCCAGAUAAUCAGAGGCACGCAAACAAAAUGGAUGCCUACUUAGAGCCAGUUUCUGCUUCUUUGCAGUUUACAGUGGACCGUGACAUCAUUGAAGUCAUCAUCGGUAGCGUAUAA